CUCCAUGGCCACCCGUAUUAGUACGCCGCUAGCCCUCGAGGGGAAAAGAUCGUUCGUCGCGAUCUCCCUAAAUAAUUUCCUUAUUUUUGUUUACGUCUUCGGCUUGUGUAUGAAACUCAAGUUUAAAUUAAUUUUCGUAACGAGUUCGCUGUAAAUUAUUUGUGCGUCUACGUUGUUGUUUAACGAUCAGCGAUAGUAUCGAUAGAAAUUUCGAUUCUGUUACGUAGUGGUUCGAUAACUAUCGAUACCGUGAUAACUUUCGUAAAUUGUCUUUCGUAACGGGAAGUGUGUGCGAGUCAUCUCCGAACGAUCGUAUCUUGACUUGUCGCGAUUAAAUUCCGUUACUUGACAUCGUACGGGAGAAUAAACGUUGAAAGGGGCUUAGUGUCAUGUGACACAAAGAAAGUGUAAGUAGUAUUAUCGGUCGUGUUAGCCGACGCACGUUUUCCAAUAUGUUUGAACGGUGAUCUCUUCGGGAAUGGUGCACCUACAAUAAGAAUAUCGUGUAAAGAAAGACGUCUCUUGGAAGAGAAAUCCUGUCGUGGCAACCUGCUUGGCAUACAGUAUACAAAUUUAUCGAAGACCGUAGAAGCCUGCCAAGCGACAUUUCGCAAUACUCGAAGACACUGAUAAAUACCGAAGAAGUAUAGAGGUGGAAAUUAUAAAAAGAAAAGUGUGAACUGCAAUGUGCAAGAAAAAAAGUGAUCGUGCUAGCAAGAUCAUCUCAAGAGAAAUUGGACAACGAUGACGGAAGGAAGGCCAAACAUAAGCGACCUGAUGACGAAGAGCAAGCAGAGAAAUUGGCGGCGUUUGCUAGCCGGUGGCUUGGUCGUUGCCGUCGUCCUAGGCUUGGUCGUCGCAGCGGCGAUUCUUCUAACCGGAAGCCCGAGAACGCCAAGCGCACCUGGUAUUUUCCUUGAAGAAUGGCUCGCAGGCUCGUUAUCUCCAAAGAGCUUCAACGGCACGUGGAUCAGCGGAAACGAGAUACUGUAUCGCGAUGAAACGGGAAAUCUCUUGAUCUAUGAUGUCGCAGCAAGAAAGCCGAGAAAAAUUCUCGACUCUAAUAACAAUGCGUUGAUGUCCAGUUUUGAUCAUCAGAUUUCCGCCGAUCGGAAGUAUCUCCUCCUGGCCACUGAUUACCAGAAGCUCUAUCGACACACGUACCUGGCCCGCUACAGGAUCGUGAACCUGGAAACCUUAUCAGACACGUCGUUGACGUCGAACGAUUCGAUUUCCCUCCAACUGGCUACCUGGGCACCCAGUGGCAACGCGUUGGUCUACGUGUAUCAGAACAACAUCUAUUACAGACCGGAAGCGGAAGUGGAUGUCGAGUAUCGUAUCACGGAUACCGGAGUCUUCGGGACCAUUUAUAACGGAGUGCCAGACUGGGUGUACGAAGAGGAGGUGUUCGGCUCGAACAAGGCUUUAUGGUUCUCACCGAGUGGCAGUAAACUGGCCUUCGGUUACUUCGACGACUCUCACACGCCCAUCAUAACGAUACCAUUCUACGGGUAUCCAGGAAGUUUGACGUUCCAGUAUACAUCCGCGAUCUCGAUACACUACCCAAAGAGCGGUACGACCAAUCCCACGGUGAAGUUGUUUUACGUCGACUUGGAGAAGGUGGUUCAGGGUAACGUGAGCUUAACUGAAAUCGAACAUCCACCCGAGUUAUCCUCCACAGAACGGAUUUUAUCUGCCGUCGCUUUUCCUACGGACAAUCUCGUGUACGCGACCUGGAUGAACAGGGUGCAGAACAGAGCGUACUUCCGCUAUUGUUACGUCCACGAUGCCCAACCUAAUUGCACCAACGCGCUGUCUUACUCGGAGAAACACGGUUGGGUCGAGCAAUUCGAACCGCCAUUGUUCACCGACGACGGGGACUCGUUUCUGACGAUUUUGCCGCAACGACAAAAUGACAGCAGCCACUGGAGGCACGUGGUCGCGGUCUCGAACGUGUCUUCCGGCAAGCCGAAGACCGAAUCUCUAACUUCCGGCCACUUGGUCGUAACGGAGAUAGUUUCUUGGGAUCAGGAACGCUCGUACCUUUACUAUCUGGCCACGUCGGAACAAGACUCGGCGGUGCAACAUUUGUACCGGAUAUCCUUGCGAGCCAGCGACCGUAAGCCAGAGUGUUUGAGUUGCGGUAUUGUGCGGGAAACGGACGGGAACCGAUGUCUCUACAACACGGCCAAGUUUUCCACCGAUCAUUCGCAUUACGUGCUCACUUGUGCCGGUCCUGGAGUACCUGACAUCACCAUCUACAACAGGAAUUCUACGAAGCUUCUGGCAUGGGAGAAUAACGAGGCGGUUUCGGAAAUCAUCAAGGAAAAAUUGCGACCGCUUGUGCAUCGUUACAAAGUGCCAGUUCCCGGUGGGUUCAAUGCUCGAGUUAGACUACUGAUUCCACCUAAUGCAGAUCUGUCUGGCGCCACCAAGUAUCCGAUGUUAAUUUUCGUAUAUGGUGGUCCAGAUUCGUAUCAAGUUACGGAGAAGUUCAACAUCGAUUGGGGCACGUAUCUUGUAACAAACAAGAGUAUCAUCUAUGCGACCAUCGAUGGUCGUGGUUCUGGAUUAAUGGACAAUGGUAUGCUGUUCGCUGGAUAUCGAAAUCUUGGAACAGUCGAGAUAGCUGAUCAGAUCAACGUUACCAGGUAUUUACAAGACAAGCUGCCGUUCAUCGAUCGUACCAGAACAGCGAUAUGGGGUUGGAGUUAUGGUGGAUACGCGACAGGCAUGACACUCGCCAUGGAUUAUCACGGCGUCUUCAAGUGCGGCAUGUCCGUGGCACCUGUAACAGAUUGGGCUCUUUACGAUUCAAUUUACACGGAGCGUUUUAUGGGCUUGCCAACGAUGGAGGAUAAUCUUCACGGGUACGAGCAAGGCCAGCUACUCAACAAAGUGGAUAAUAUUAAAACGAAGAUGUACUACUUGAUCCAUGGAACUUUGGAUGACAACGUGCACUAUCAACAAUCUUUGUUGUUGGCCAAAGUUCUCGAGCAAAAGGAUAUUCUAUUUCGGCAACAGACUUACACGGACGAGGAUCACGGAAUCGCUCAAUCUCGCGCUCACUUGUACCACUCCCUGGAGAACUUUUUAGAUGAAUGUUACGAAGCAUCAUGAUCGCAAAAUCGAGACUAAAGGACAAUCUAGAGGAUCCUCUGUGUCACCUGCCUCAUAUUCCACUUGUAAAUACCUUGUCACUUGUACAUACUCGAUGUACAAUAUGUAACAUUUUAGUGUACAUAAUUGAAAGAGAAACUAAUGGGUGUACUCGACGCAAACAUAAUGACCAGCUUAUAAAGUAACUUCUUCAUAACCAUUUCUCAACUGGUCUAAGGGUAGUAGUCCAAGGAAAAUCGUAUUUCUAAUGAAAAUUAAUUAAAACAAUAAAAUUUCACCAGUUGUUUGAAUGGAGUACACUUAUUCGUUAAACAAAAAACUACAGAGCUGGUUUGUAGAAUUUUUUUGAUACUUUUUUUGCGGACAGAAACCAGUUCAAUCGUUCAUCGAAGGCCUAAUGGACUCGGUAUAAAUCCUAUAAAUAAUAAAGUUUAACGAUGAUGAAGAAAUCACCGUAAUAGAGCAUCUUAUUAAAUGCCCUGUAGAAAUAAUGAACAGGUGAGAGAUGUUACGACUAACAACGGAAGAAAUGUUUUUCAUGUGAAAUAUAUUGUUAACGGGGCAAAUGUUAUUAUAUAUUGUAACGACGAUUAUCUUUGAACUUUUAAUUGCGAAUUAUAGUAGGACAUGUUCUUGUUUUAUUUCAAGAAUUAUACGAGGCAAGUGAGUAUUAAAUACAUAUUCAAGAAGUGUUUAUAAAAUAUAUUUCUUUUGAAGGGAAAGAGAAUACGCAACGAUAUCUUUCAUUAUGUUUCACUAUUUUUAUUUUAUUAUUUGGCGGUGGUACAUGCUUAACAGUGAUUUUAUCCUCUUAAUUCCUAUGUUUCUAUUAACGAGAUGUGAUACAAUUAUAAACUAUUAAAAAUAAUAUCUAUGGUAUUUUAUGUUACAAGUUACAAGUAUAACUGUAUAAGGAUAACUUUGCGUAAGCUAAUGUAAUCGGUAAAAACGUUAUUUAAACAUGAAAAUAAAUCUCCUCCUGUUGGUUUUAUCAAUGUUAGGAUAACAAAGCCUUUUUAAAAUAAAUCGUAGUUUAAGACUUUUCUGAUCGUGUAUAUAAUUAAGCUGGUUGGCUGAUUGUUGAAAAUUCUUUGAUAUAAGAUAGCGUAUCUAUUUCUCCUUACUAUUACAAGUACAUAUACGUAUAUGUAAUAUUAUCGCGAUUAAAUAGUUAUACUUAAGUUUAUUCGUAGAGUAAGCGGUGUACUAACAAAACUCUUUAAAUACGAAGAUUUUAUAAUGAAAGGACCACUGUAAUGGUUUCGACGAUGGAUCAAUAGAAACUUCAUAAAGUGAUUGUUAACUUUUAUUCCAAUGUAUUGUACAAAAUAUUUAAUCGAGUAUAGGAUUUAAAAAUACAUCAAUAACAAAAAUAUCCAACUACGCGUAAUUAAGAAGAAAAUACAUCGUUAAUUCAGCGGUAUUACGAAAUUAUUAUUCUCCCUUCACUGAUAUUUGUUGAGUGUAUCAAAAAUAAAGCUCUAUGUUUUAUUAA